AUGAGCAUGAGAGUCUCUUUCGACUUUCUCGUCAGUGGCUUCACGGUUGGCUGUUCAAUCUCACGGGAUAAUUUCUCGUUAUCUUCCUUCGAUGACACCUUGCUUUCGACCCAGUCUCUCGCAAUCUCAGUUAUCACUGUAAUUACGUCGAUUUUAGUAUUUCGCUAUUGGCAAUCUCUUAAGUAUGCAGCAGUAUCCUACGAAAUUCCGGUACCAAAGCAAUGCAGCGAAGAAUGGACAGGUGAUAUCCUGGACAAUCCUUCUAUAAGGACCGCUACAGAUAACAACAUCAAUUGCUACUGUCCCGCCAAUGGAAAGUUUCUGGGAAAGGUUACACCGGCAUCUCCAGAAGAUAUUGACAACGCGAUUGCAAAAUCCGCUGUAGCUCAGAAACAAUGGGCCAGAACAUCGUUUGAAGAACGGAAAAGAGUUCUCAGGACUCUCCAAAAGUAA